CAGCCGCCUCGCGCACCUGCUCCGAGCCGCGCGAGCUGAAGGCGGCAGGUGGCCGCGGGAGGAAAGGCGUGAAGCGAGUUGAGGGGGCAGCGCGCGGUUUGCACGCCGAGUCGCCCCCUCCCGGCAUCCGCAACCUGCCUUCCAUCACUGAACCCUGCUGACAGUCUGUAAACAGCCUGUGCCACGUUGGAGGUCCAGUGGGGCAGAGCUUUCCUCUUUGCAAGUGACUCAUGAACAAACUAAGCUGCUGAGCUGGGACAGUUAACAAAAUAAGAUGAAUGACACAAGACACCAGUCGCUGUUCUUCGUCAGUCUGCCUGAGUUACAAAAACUCUGUGCCGUUAAGGUUACACUGAGUUCUAAAUUGGCAGAAAAUGAGAUUAGGAAUACACAGAUGAAGAUUUGCAGGCAAUUGUUAUUUCUUCAUCAAGACGUCCUUUCCUCACCUGUCCCUGGAACACUGAAUCAAAUUUCAGUUGUAAUGGCGAUAUCUUUUUACAAAACAGGAAAAUGUCAGGCUUAUGUAGAGAAACAUGGAGCUACAAUUGAGGCUCCAGAGAGAGUUGGCCCAGCCAUCCUUCAACCAUGUCUCUGUUACACGCUUAUAACCCGACUUGCCCCCAGCUGGAAUAAGGCUGGUCAUCUGUUGGUACAAGGAAGCAAUUUUUUGUCUCAUAUGGGAAGGCAAAAUGCUGUUGUCAUGGACCUCAAUGUAUCAGAGACCCAACUUUGCAUCAGUGUAGAGGUUUGCACAAUUCGACUACCGCCAACCAAGCUGGAAGACUUUGACAUUUCAGCAAACAUCUUAGAAAUAUUUGACAACAAUAAAAAUACAGUCAUUCAGAGACACUCCAUUUUAAGUAACUGGUGCUAUGUCUUGCCAAGCAUGAAAAUGGGUCAGAUCAUAAGUAUUAGCCAUAUAAUUCCACCAGAGUCUCCUUUUCAUUCAUACAAAGACUUUCAGAUGCACUGGAAGAAUCUGUAUGGGUAUAUCCUUCCAGAGGAUCAUGGAGAGACAAAAAUAUAUUGCAGUGUUUACUUCAAACUGAUAGGAGAACGGCUCUUUACGUACCCUUUAAGUUGCAUAAGAAGCCAACCAGUCCAAUAUUUUAAUAGAAUAGAUUUAGAAGGUGUGUUAAACUCUUUUCUUUCUGACCUAAAGUCUAAACUUCCUCAUCUAUGUGGAUUUCCAGUAAAAAUGACAAGUAAAGCAUUGUAUGCCACAAAGGAACUCAUCAAACAUCCCAUGCAUGGAGUAAGUGCCAAGCCUGCAAAUCUGACUGGCAAACCGAUAUGCAAGGUAUCUCUGACUCAAGCACCUCCAAGGAGAGAGACUUUGCAGCAGACUUCUUCAAAAGGCAGUUCAAGAAUUAGCCACAGGAUGGAGCUUUUGAUCAAUCAGCCAAAACAAUGUAUUUUCUCAAAUCUCAUUCCGUGUCCAGAGGAUUCUGUUGCUGAGGCCAUGAAGAAAACAGUACAUAGUAGACAGCAGCAGCAGACUCCAGGAGCAUCAGGGGUACCAGGUCACUCAAAUGAAUCCUUAAGAAUGUCUAAGAAUUCAUCUGUGGAUUCUCAAAGGAACAAUGCCACUAGAAUUAUACCUAUUUUCAAAGGAAAGUUGUUGCAAAUGGAUGUAAAGGCCACAAGAGCCAAUGAAGGAAAGAAAAAAGUGAGUGUUUUACAGCAUUCUCCAAAAGUAGUUAGAGAUGUCACCAUGUCUAAAUUAACUGUAUGCAACCCAAAUGUAAACCAGGUAUACAAACCUGUCCAAAUUGUGUCAUUCAAAAAUCCUACUAAUGGCACUGUUGCUCAGAGAAUGACUGGGAAAACAAGUGUAAAAAGUGGUAGACCUAUAUGUGACCAGAAAAAAGAAACUAGUAAGCAGCUGACAAAUUCUGCUUUUUCUAAUAGCCCAUCUUCAGGUAGGAAUUCAAGUAGAGGCAAACCUGAGAAGCCUUCUUCAUUAUCGGCUCAUGACAAAUCAGUGCUUCAGAUAUCAAAUGCCAAUCUAGGUUUGAAAAAACCUGCACUACUCAGUUCUACUACAAAAAAGGGGGGAAAGUUAUCAAAUCAAAACACCACAAAAAUACUCGGGGAAAGUCACAGUUCAAAGAAGGUACAUAUACAGAUUUCUGAGUCAGACAAAGAAACCAGCAUAUCUCAGCAUCAAACAAAGAGCCCAACUGAAGGAGCAGGGUUAAAUAUUCUCAGAUUGGUUUUAAACAGUACAGUGCACAGAGCCAAAAGAGAAGAACAUCAACAAUCAUUAAUACCAUCAAAGGAGUAUAUCACCAAGACAACCAAUCACCAUUCACAAGUCAGCUAUGAGCAGAUGUUGACAGUGAAUGAUCCCUUGCACUGUGGAGCAGUGACCUCAAAACAGAUUUACUCAAAGAUGGAGACCCAUUUGAAAACAACUUCAAAGAAAAGUUGUGGCAAAAGAAGCAGGAAGAAGGAGGUUAUUCAAAGUCAAAGAAAUCCAAAACAAGUAAGCCUGCUAUCUAGAAUGUGGAUGUAGAGGAGCAUAGAAAGAAAAAUCAGCAUGUUGCAAAGUUAAAAUCCAUGAAUAAUGGUGAAGCACUCAGAUACUAUGGGGACAAGGGUCAUACAAGUCCCUAGAGAGAGAAGAGGAAGCAAAAAAGUCAGCAAGAAAAGAGCAACAAAAAAGGAUGUAGAGGGGAAAUCUUCCUUAUUGCUGGGAUUUUGGAAAAGCUCAUGCCUUCAUGGGAGGCGGAAGAUGAUUGAUGUGUUUGCCAUGCAGCCCCAUUCGGGUAGCAAGUUGGUGAGGGCCUUGAGACUGCCCAGACCCCCGCAUACAUCUGGGAGGAUGCAGGGGGAGGCCCAUGCAGAGUCCAUUGUAAGAUCAUGACCUAAGCUCUUAAAUUUGUUUUACUGGAUUCUGGGUAAUUUUGAUUGUUUACCAGUGGGGUAUAGAAUUAAUGUUACACCAUACUAAUUAGUGAAUCCCUUUAUUGGUGAUGGAGUGC